AUGGCGCCCGCGCCACGCCCGCGCGGCCACGCCUGCCUCCGCGCCCUGCCCCUGGUGCUCGCCUUGGCGUUGGCGUGCCUCCUCCCGCCCCACGCCGUGGCGCAGCAGCCUGCGACGCGGCGGGGCGCCGUCGUACCCGACGACAUCGGCGGGCUCGCGGGCCUCACGGUGCUCGACCUCUCCAAUACCAGCGUCGGCGGCGGCUUCCCGGCGUUCCUCUACAACUGCACCGCCAUCGCGCGCGUCGACCUCUCCCAUAACCGCCUCACCGGGGAACUCCCGGCCGACAUCGGCCGGCUCGGGGGCAGCCUCACCUACCUCGCCCUGGACCACAACAACUUCACCGGCGCGAUACCGGCGGCGCUGUCCAAACUCACGAACCUGACGUACCUCGCCCUCAACGGAAACAAGCUCACUGGUACGAUCCCGCCGGAGCUCGGUGAGCUGGUUAACCUUCAGACGAUCAAGCUCGAGGGUAAUCUGUUCGGUGCCGGUAUGCUGCCGGAGUCGUUCAUGAACCUGACGAAGCUGACGACCGUCUGGCUGGCGAGCUGCAGCCUCGGCGGCGAAUUCCCGACAAGUUUGGUACAGGUUGACCUGUCGAUGAACCAACUGAUCGGAACCAUCCCAGAAAGUUUCGGGAGCUUGCUGCAACUAGAGCUCUUGAACUUGCAACAGAACAAUCUCACCGGCGGGAUACCGCCGAGCAUUGCCCGGCUACCGUCCUUGGUAUUAUUGUGGCUGUUUAGCAAUAACCUCACUGGAGUGCUUCCGGCCGAGCUCGGGAAGCAGACGCCGUUGCUGAGGGAUAUUCAGGUCGAUGAUAACAAAUUGUCCGGUCCAAUACCUGCGGGGAUCUGCGACCAUCACCAGUUGUGGGUGUUCACCGCCUCGGGCAACCGCUUGAAUGGUUCGAUCCCAGACAGUCUUGCCACAUGCCGAACUCUCAUUUGGCUUCAGGUCGGCGACAACGAGCUGUCCGGCGAGGUGCCGGCCGCGCUGUGGACAGAGACGAAGCUCAUUGCCCUGCUCAUGCAGAACAGUGGACAGCUUACGGGAACGCUGCCGAAGGAGCUGUACUGGAACCUGACGACGCUAUAAUUGGAUAACAACCGGUUCAGUGGUCCCUUCCUGUAGCAGCCGCUCGGCUCCGGAAGUUCCACAUCGCGGACAAUUUGAUCUCCGGCAGUAUACCUGCAGAGCUUGUCACUGGGAUGCCGCAGCUGCAGGAGCUGAUCCUGACGGGGAACCUGUUGUCCGGGGUAAUCCCUUGACUGUUCUGGUCUAAAUCUUAUUGUACAUCGUGCGUGUAUAACAUAAGCUGUGUUGUG